CCAAAAUACCAACGUGCCUGGGCCAUCAGGGAUAUCAUUGCCGGCAUCACUGUCGGUCUGAUUGUCGUUCCUCAGGGAAUGUCCUAUGCUAAGGUCGCAGGGUUGCCUGUCCAGCAUGGUCUCUACUCUGCUUAUAUCGGUGCUAUCUUCUAUUGCUUCAUGGGAACCUCCAAAGACUUGACUAUCGGACCAACGGCUGUUAUCUCGCUCAUCACUGGUGAAAUCGUUUCUGAAUUGACGGGUCGAUUGACCCCACCGGAAGUUGCUGCUAUCUCCUGCCUGGUUGUCGGACUCUUGACCCUGAUCCUCGGUGUGCUGCGCUUGGGUAUCAUCCUGGACUUCUUCCCCACGACGGUCUUGGUUGGCUACACGACAGGCGCGGCCGUGACGAUCAUCAUCCAGCAGAUCCCCAAGUGGUUGGGUGUGCCCAACAUCAACAAUCGCGCACCCGUUUACAACAUCAUCAUAUCUAUGUUCCAGGCAAUCAGGACACUCUCCUGGCUCGAUCUGGUCUUUGGUCUGGUCUCGAUGUUCAUUUUGGUCGCCAUUGGCCUCGCUGUUGAUCGAUGGGGUCGUGGCAGGUUCUCGAUCCAGAUGAUCAAGAUCUCGCGCUUCUUCUUUAUCACGGUCCUGGCGACUGCUCUCUCCUAUGCUGUCAACAAGGAUGCGCCACAUGAUGCCAAGGGCAAUAUCAUCCCUAAACUUUCGAUCCUCAAAACCGUGCCCUCGGGUUUGCCUACGCCAACGGUGCCUCAGCUGACGUCCGAUAUCAUCUCUGAUAUGGCGCCUAAGCUGGCGGCUAUCACAUUGGCUGUCAUUCUAGAGCACAUUGCCAUUGGAAAGGCCUUUGCGCGUCGAAACCGGUACCAGAUCGAUUCCAACCAAGAGCUGCUCACCAUUGGUUUGGCCAAUGUUACAGCGUCGUUCUUUGGUGCAUAUGCCGUGACGGGAUCGUUCUCGCGCUCGGCCGUAAAGUUCCAGUGCGGCGUCAAGACCCCCUUUGCAGGAUUUGUAACAGGAGCAUUGGUUCUGUUGGCAAUUUUCUUCCUGACCCCUAUCUUCUUUUACAUCCCUGAUGCUGCCCUUUCCGCAGUCAUCAUGGUCGCGGUCUCGACACUGGUCUCGCCUCCUUCGGUCUUUUACCAGUUCUUCAAGAUCAAUCUCUGGGAUUUCCUCUCUUCCCAGGUCGCGCUCUGGAUCACCAUCUUUGUCUCUGUCGAGACCGGUAUUGCCGCCGGUGUUGGAUUCUCCUUGGUCGUCCUCCUCUUCCGUGUAGCCCGUCCCAACUUCCAUGUUCUCCGUCAGCUCAAGGAUCGGCCGGAUGUCUAUAUUGAUUCUUCUGUCGAUAGCACUUUGGACACAGUCCCCGGACCCCACGGUGUCCUAGUGUUCAGAAUCGAGGAGUCCACGACCUUCCCUAACACCGAGACCUUCAAGACCUGGGUGGUUGAGGAGGCCUACAAGUACACGCGCUUUGGUGGCAAGGUCAAGGAUGUCGCGGACAGAUUGUGGUCUGAUGAUCUAGAGGUCCAUAUCCGUGACCUGCGCAAGGUUGCUCAUGGAUCGAGCUCGAACAUCACGGACGAUGAUCUGCCCAAGCUACGCGCGGUCAUCCUGGACUUUUCGGCUGUCAACAACAUUGACUCUACUGGCCUUCAGGGUCUCUUUGAUCUGAGAGAAUUGCUGAGGGAUUAUGCUGGUGUGUCAGAUUACCCUGAUACGUUCUUCGAGGUACACUUUGUCGGUAUCCAGGCGAAUGUACUCCGCAUCCUGGAGCUGUCGGGUAUUACUCGACCAGUCGGUUCUAUUGCGCUUCAGAAGGUCCAGGUCCUGGAUGAUGGGCGGGAUGUUGAGAAAAACGAGGUGGCUGAGCAUGACGGGCGGAGCGAUACUGAGGUGGGUCAAUCCCAUGAUGACGAGCUUAAGAUCGAGUCCAGGAAGGCCCGUCCUACGCCUGGUGAUAUUGGAUCGGCCGCGUACUCGGUCAACGGUAUGGGUUCGAGUCCGUUCUUGAAGGAGGAGGGUCUUGUCCAUUUGACGGUCCGCGACGCUGUUGAUUCGGUCUUGAUCCGCGCUAGUAACUGGGAGCGUGAUGUCCACCAUAACUCGGGCGAGCACUCGCAGCACCAUACCUUGUCCUCGGAUGAGGAGGAUAACCGAUCCGUCAAGGACAAAUCCGAGGUUCAUUACGUUUAA